AUGGCCAAGCGCACCUUCUCCAGCCUGGAGAUCUUCUUAAUUUUCCUCCUUUUGCUGAUGACGGCGAUCACAGUGGCCCUGCUCACUCUCCUAUUCACCACCAGUGGGAUCUCAGAAAACAAUAAAGGCAAUCAUUAUACUUCAACAACCCAAGGUCCUCUAUCCACCCAACAGCCUCCAGUCACCCAUGGUCCUUCAAAAACCACCACUCAGGGUCCUCCUGUAUUCCAGAACUUCAGUGGCUAUCAUAUUGGUGUCGGGCGAGCUGACUGCACGGGACAAGUGGCAGACAUCCCCUUGAUGGGCUAUGCCAAGGCGGGCCAGACAGCUCGUGGGAUUCUCACCCGGCUCUACAGCAGGGCUUUUAUCCUGGCUGAACCAGAUGCCUCAAAGCGAGUGGUGUUUGUCAGCAUCGACAUUGGCAUGGUGUCCCAGCGAGUUAGGCUCGAGGUGCUGAGGAGGCUGCAGAAUCAAUACGGUGACCUGUACACGCAGGAGAACGUGGUUCUGAGUGGCACUCACACGCACUCAGGGCCUGCCGGCUAUUUCCAGUACACCAUCUUUGUGCUUUCCAGCGAAGGCUUUAGCAGAAGGACUUUUGAGUUCAUCGUGGAUGGCAUCGUGAAGAGCAUUGAUAUGGCACAUAGAAAUUUGAAACCAGGCAGGAUCUUUGUCAAUAAGGGAAACGUGGAAGGUGCCCAGAUCAACCGGAGUCCUUAUUCUUACUUGCAGAAUCCACUCUCUGAGAGAAACAGGUAUUCUGCCAACACGGAUAAGGAAAUGUUGGUCCUGAAGAUGGUGGAUCUGAAUGGAGAAGACCUAGGGCUGAUCAGCUGGUUUGCAGUACACCCAGUAAGCAUGAACAACACAAACCACCUGGUCAAUAGUGACAAUGUUGGCUAUGUCUCUUACAUGUUUGAGCAAGAGAAGAAUAAAGGAGAGCUGCCUGGACAGGGGCCAUUUGUAGCUGCUUUUGCCUCCUCAAAUCUUGGGGAUGUGUCACCCAAUAUCCUUGGACCUCACUGUAUCAACACUGGGGAGUCAUGUGACAACUUCAACAGCUUUUGUCCAAUCGGUGGGUCUGAUAUGUGCAUGGCUGCGGGUCCUGGGAAGGACAUGUUUGACAGCACCCGGAUCAUAGGAGACACCAUUUAUCAGAAAGCCAAGGAACUGUACGACAUAGCCUCUCAGGAGAUCCUCGGUCCUCUGUCUGCAGCUCACCAGUGGGUCAACAUGACGGACGUCACUGUGCAGCUCAAUUCCACGCACACGGCAAAAACCUGUAAACCUGCCCUUGGCCACAGCUUUGCAGCUGGUACCAUUGAUGGCGUUGGAGGCCUCAAUUUUACCCAAGGUGCAACUGAAGGAGACCCUUUUUGGGACAGCAUUCGUGACCAGCUACUGGGAGAGCCAUCCAAUGAGACCAAGGAUUGUCAUAAACCAAAGCCCAUCCUCCUCAGUACAGGCGAGAUGUCAAGACCUCACCCCUGGCAUCCUGAGAUUGUUGACGUCCAGAUCAUCACUCUUGGAUCCUUGGUGAUAGCUGCUGUUCCUGGAGAGCCGACUACAAUGUCUGGAAGGCGACUUCGCGAGGCCAUUCAAAAGGAAUUUGAAACGAGUGGGAGGCAGAACAUGACUGUGGUGAUUGCUGGACUCUGCAAUGUUUAUACGCAUUACAUCGCGACCUAUGAAGAAUACCAGGUUCAGCGCUAUGAGGCAGCGUCCACGAUUUACGGUCCCCAUACUCUCUCCGCCUAUAUUCAACUGUUCAGAGGUCUCGCCAGGGCCAUUGCCACGGACACGGUGGCAAAUUUAAGCCGGGGGCCAGAGCCACCCUUUUUUAGCCAGCUGAUGCUGCCCUUGACCUCCAAUCAAGUUGAUAGAACCCCAGAGAACACGACGUUUGGGGACGUGCUACAUCCAGCCAAGCCAGAGUACCAAAGAGGCGAGGUUGCUGAGGUCAUGUUUGUUGGUGCUAACCCGAAGAAUUCAGCAGAAAACCUGACAGAUCAUACUUUCCUGACAGUUGAGAAGUAUGAGAACACUUCAGCGAUGUGGCAGAUAGUGCAUAAUGAUGCCUCAUGGGAUACCAGAUUUUACUGGCAUAAAGGAUCCUCUGGUCAGAGCAAUGUGACGAUCGAAUGGCACAUUGCGGGCACCACCCCACUGGGCCUCUACAGGAUCCGCUACUUUGGGCAUAACAGGAAGCAGAAUUUCCUGCAGCCAGCUGUGUUUCUUCCCUUCCAAGGUGCCUCAGCCCCUUUCUGGGUUGUGGGUCCCUAUGAUGAGCCAACAACCAACUGAAAGAGCUGUUCUCUUCCAUGUGCCCCGUAACUGGCAGAGGAUGGGGACGAGCCGCCGCAUUGGCAUCUGCAAUCCGCCCCUUCAAACUUGACAUUUAAUGCUAACAGGGUGAGUCAGUGUCUGCACACAUGGCCCAUGUGUAAGUGUUUGGACACGAGUCUGGGAACCAUGCAACGCUAUGACUUCGGUAGCUGUGAGAUGCACUGGGAGAAAGCCAUAAUCAUCUGAUUUCAUUCCUGACUCACUGCUGAUGCCAUCCAGAAGAGCAGAUUGCUUCAGAGCAAAACCUCUGGUGUUUCGACAAGAGUGACAGAAGACUU